CCUUAGCAGAACUGGCCAGCAAAUAUGUUCCCCUUAAAGGAUGCAGAAAUGGGUGCCUUUACCUUCUUUGCCUCUGCCCUACCACAUGACGUCUGUGGAAGCAAUGGACUUCCUCUCACACCAAAUUCCAUCAAAAUUUUAGGGUGCUUUCAAAUCCUGAAGACUCUUACCCAUCCCAGACUGUGUCAGUAUGUGGAUAUCUCUAGAGGAAAGCAUGAAAGGCUGGUGGUGGUGGCUGAACACUGUGAACGGAGCCUAGAAGACUUGCUUCGAGAAAAGAAGCCCACGAGCUAUUCAAAAGUUUUGUGCAUAGCAUUUGAAGUUCUUCAAGGCUUGCAGUAUAUGAACAAACAUGGCAUUGUACAUCGGGCACUCUCUCCUCAUAAUAUUCUUUUGGAUCAGAAGGGGCAUGUUAAACUGGCAAAAUUUGGGCUUUAUCACAUGACUGCUCAUGGCGAAGAUGUUGAUUUCCCAAUUGGGUAUCCAUCAUAUUUAGCACCUGAAGUAAUUGCCCAAGGAAUUCUCAAGAUCACUGAUCAUGUGUCAAGUGAAAAACCUUUGCAUUCAGGACCCAAAUCAGAUGUCUGGUCUCUUGGAAUCAUUUUAUUUGAGCUGUGUGUGGGAAGAAAGUUAUUUCAAAGCUUGGAUAUUUCUGAAAGACUAAAAUUUGUGCUUACAUUGGACUGUGUGGAUGACACCAUAAUCGUCUUGGCUGAGGAGCAUGGUUGUCUGGAUAUAAUAAAGGAACUUCCCGAAAACAUGAUCAAUCUUUUGAAGAAGUGCCUUACCUUCCACCCUUCCAAGAGGCCAACCCCUGAUGAAUUAAUGCAGGACAAAGUGUUCAGUGAAGUAUCUUCUUUGUACACACCCUUCACCAAGCCUACCCAUCUGUUUUCUUCUUCUCUGAGAUGUGCUGAUUUAACUCUGCCUGAUGAUAUUAGUCAGCUGUGUAAAGAUAUGAGCAAUGACUAUCUGGCAGAAAGGUCCAUUGAAGAAGUGUAUUAUCUUUGGUGUUUGGCUGGAGGUGACUUAGAGAAAGAGCUUGUUAACAAGGAAAUCAUUCGAUCCAAACCACCUAUCUGCACACUUCCCAAUUUUCUCUUUGAAGAUGGAGAAAGCUUUGGACAAGGCCGAGACCGAAGCUCACUCUUAGAUGACACCACUGUGACUUUGUCUCUCUGCCAGCUAAGGAACAGACUAAAAGAUGUCGGCGGAGAAGCAUUUUUUCCACUACUUGAAGAUGACCAGUCUAAUUUACCGCAUUCCAACAGCAACAACGAGUUGUCUGCGGCGGCUACCCUCCCCUUGAUCAUCCGAGAGCGGGACACGGAGUACCAGCUGAACAGGAUCAUUCUCUUCGAUCGGCUGCUCAAGGCAUAUCCAUACAAAAAAAAUCAGAUCUGGAAAGAAGCCAGAGUUGAUGUCCCUCCUCUUCUCAGAGGGUUGACCUGGGCUGCGCUCCUGGGGGUGGAGGGGGAUAUUCAUGCCAAGUAUGAUUCCAUUGAUAAAGAUACUCCAAUACCUACAGAUAGACAGAUUGAAGUGGAUAUUCCUCGAUGCCAUCAAUAUGAUGAACUGUUAUCAUCUCCAGAAGGUCAUGCCAAAUUUAGGCGUGUGCUAAAGGCCUGGGUCGUGUCCCACCCUGAUCUGGUGUAUUGGCAAGGUCUGGACUCUCUUUGUGCUCCAUUUCUCUACUUAAAUUUCAAUAAUGAAGCCUUGGCUUAUGCCUGCAUGUCUGCUUUUAUCCCCAAGUACCUGUAUAACUUCUUCUUGAAAGACAACUCUCAUGUAAUACAAGAGUACCUGACUGUAUUCUCUCAAAUGAUUACCUUCCAUGAUCCUGAGCUGAGCAAUCAUCUCAAUGAGAUUGGAUUCAUUCCAGAUCUCUAUGCCAUCCCCUGGUUUCUCACCAUGUUUACUCAUGUAUUUCCUCUGCAUAAGAUCUUCCACCUCUGGGACACCUUGCUCCUUGGGAAUUCCUCUUUCCCCUUCUGUAUUGGAGUCGCCAUUCUUCAGCAGCUACGGGACAGGCUCUUGGCCAAUGGUUUUAAUGAGUGUAUCCUGCUCUUCUCUGACUUGCCAGAGAUUGACAUUGAGCGCUGUGUGCGAGAAUCCAUCAACCUUUUCUGCUGGACCCCCAAGAGUGUUACAUACAGGCAGCAUGCUCAGCCCCCCAAAACAGCCUCCAAUGUCAGCACAGGCCGAGGAUCUGCACCCUAUUUCUCCACAGAGUGUCCAGACCCUCCAAAGACAGAGCUGUCAAGAGAAUCCAUCUCACUAAAUGACCUGAAAUCAGAAGUGUCACCUCGGAUUUCAGCAGAGGACCUGAUUGACUUGUGUGAGCUCACGGUGACAGGCCACUUCAGGACACCCCCCAAGAAGAACAAGUCCAGUAAGCCAAAACUGCUGGUGGUGGACAUCCGGAAUAAUGAAGACUUUAUCCGGGGCCACAUUUCAGGCAGUAUCAACAUCCCAUUCAGCACUGCCUUCACCGCUGAAGGAGAGCUCAGCCAGGGCCCACACACUGCCCUGCUGCCCAGCUUCCGAGGGAAGGUCAUUGUCAUUGUGGGCCACGUGAGAAAGCACAUGGCAGAGUUCGCAGCUCAUCUUGUGAAGAUAAAAUAUCCAAGAAUCUGUAUUCUAGAUGGCGGCAUUAAUAAGAUCAAGCCAACUGGCCUCCUCACGGUGCCAUCUCCUCAGAUAUGAAGAACAAGAGAAUAGCCCAGAGUACUGCACAGCACCACUUCACAGAGCCUGCCACUGACAGGCAGAACCAGGCACUGAGAAUUUCGCAUUUCCCUAAAACUUUAUCAUGAGAUGUUUGUUGUAAUCUCAGCUAUCUAGGCAGCGAACUUGACUGUACAUGUAUUAUUGAAAGAAUUUUCUUAACAGUGAAAUCUGAUCAUGAAUUUCUACUGUGCUGCCACACAAAGCCAGAGGAAUCCAGCUGACAGAGCAGAUUUCACAUUAUCAACAAAUCUUGCCGCACUAACAAUGCUGUCUUCCAUCUCAUGAACAGGCUGCCCUAACAAAGGUAGUAUUUAGAAACAGAGACUGGACUGGAACCAUUUUCCUUCCGUGGUAAUGAGGAAACCAUUCACAGCACAUUCCUUAGAAGUAAAUGCUACAUUUGGUAACUCAUUUUUGUCCUGGACAGGUUAAUUGGGGGGGGGGGGGGUAAAUUUAUCCUAAUAUCUUAGUUCCCAUUGAGAAAGGUAGUAAUAAUUCAAUUCCAGAAAGUUGAAAGCUAUAAACUGUUGAUCUGUUUGUUCAUCUCCUGUACUAGAAACCACAAGUAAGAACAUCUUGAACUAGAAUUUUAUGUCUUUAUCCAUAAAAGUACAUGUGAUCCCAGGACUAUUUGUUGGUAGAAUCACUAAGAGCAUAAUAGUCUCUCUCAUUGCUUUAGCAUGGCCCCAACUUGAGGGAAUCAAUAUGGCAGCUCAGCCUCACCAUUAUACCUGCCAUAUAGAGGGAACAGAGCAGAAUAGACAGGGGAAAUGGGGAUUGUCUUUGAGGGCAUUGCUGGAAGUUGCACUCACAUACCCUUUGCUAGAUAUUGACUAUAUGGCCAUGCUUAGCUGUGAGAAAAGCUGGGACUUUGUUGUUACUGGAUUGUUGUUGUGU